UGUAAACGCCACAGCGGCCGGAGAACUCUGCACUGCAGUGUCCAACCAGCGAGCAGCUAGCUAACGUGUCCACCCGGAGAGCUAUGGAUGAAAUGAUGCUACAAGUCAACGGCUGUCAGACUGCCCCCCCCUGCAUGGGCCCAUAAACAUGUCCACAGAUGACAGUAUCUCUGAGGAUGUGUCCAGCUCAGGGGCUUUGAGCCAUUGCCAUGUCAGUGCUGACGGGGAUGGGGGGAAGGAGAGCGAGACCUCUUUGUUGUCCUCCGAGGGGACAUCGGCCUCUGGUCUGGCCGUCUCAGAGGACAGACACUCGGCCUCCCAAACAACAGGAGGCACUGUGGAGAGCAGGCCCGUGUUCAUUACACCAGCAUGCAACAAGAUCAGGAGUCUGUGUCUGAGCACAAAGGAAGCAUUCGAACAAGGGAAGAACCUCCCAUUCAUCAACCCAAGCUCCCUCGAGACCCUUAGGGCUUUGGUUCAGGAGAUCCAGAGCAGUGGAGAGACAGACCCCGAGAUCUGGAAGGAUUGUGAGGGCCGGUGGCUGCAUCUAUUUCAGCUGGUUGAGAAGCAAUACCAAGAGCAGAUACUCGCACAGCAGGAACAAUACCAGUGCCAAAUACAGUUGAUUCAGGAUGAAAUUAAGGCUCUGGUCCAGCUCCAGAACCGCCAGGCCACUGUCCAUCCACAAACAGAGCUCUCUCCAACUCUCGUGACCAAAACUGCUACUGACACAAAGGACUACAUUUUCAUCUCCAGUGACCACACAGUCACCAAAAACGUGCCCAGUGACAAUGACAGACUGGCAGCCCCUGCCCAUACUCCUUUUAGCUCCCCUUCACCUCCUCUGCACAGAUCAGAAACCGCCAACCAGGGGGAGGAGCGGGCAACUACAAUGCUCAGCAGUGGAUAUGGGACUCUGUCUGCCUGGGAACCAUGUCGGGAACCUGCUGGGUCUCCAGGGGAUGAUGAGGAUGGCAGUCAAGGGAGGGAGAAGCAUCAGUGGUCCUUUAACUUCCAGGAAGCCACAGAGACAACUGCGAUUGGGUGCCAGGAGGACCUUCCUGAUGAGAAACGUCUUGGAGUGAAGGAACUGCAUGGAUUAGUCUACCGGCCAAGAAUCUCUGACACCAGCCAAUCUUUGACCUCCUGGGCCCAGAGACAGAAACUCAGGCCCAAGAAAAGCAAAGCAGGACAAGCUUCAUGCCAAAUCCCACAGUACCAGGAGCAGCCAUGCAGCUCCAGAGAAGCCAACGGACAAAACCCCCUGGAGAGCACAGACUCCCAGGACCAGCAUCGACCGACUGGGCCGUCGUCCAGCACUUUUCCCCUGAGGAGGAGUGACAGCCUGAUGUCUGAAGCAUCAGGCCUCACUUACUGGCGUCUGCAUGAGAGUGACCUGUAUCGGCCGUUACCCGACAGCUUUGAAAGCAACGCUUACCUCCUUCUGCAAGAGGCAUCCGUGAAUCUUACUCCACCUCAGGAUCGAGGGCUGUCACUCAGAGAGAUCUAUCAGAACAAGCAAAGAACAGACUGGGAAGGUUCUGUUAUGUCGAGUCCUUCGUCACCACAGGUGUUGACGUUGGACCCAGCAGCGAACACGCGGCAGUCAGAAUGCACAUCUGGCUUCACGUCACCAUCUCAUUUCAGCAGCCCUUCAUUUGCCACUCAGCCCCACAUCAACCCCAGAGUCAGGACCCCUGUGUCCCCUGACAGCAUGGUGGAGUGUAGCCACAACCCUGGAGAUACAGACUGUAUCUCUGAAUCCUCCAGUGUUUCAGUUGCCGGACCUCCUUUCUCCAAAACACAAAGCAUGUGGGGCAACGCAUCCCAGGCAGUCCUGUCUACCUCCAAGGAUAAGACCAACCAGCAACGCAGAGCCAGUGCUCCUUUAGCCAGCGAGGAAGAGGGCAGAGACACCCACACCAGCACCCUGAAGCCCUGUUCAGCCCUUGGUGCUAAUCUGCGGCCUGCAGCCAGUCCACACAUGGAGAGAGCUUCAUCACUAGAGGAUCCUGUUGUCCUUUCUCUCCUGCGACAGAACCUGAGAGAGAAGCACUCUCGACAUGUGGCGGAUCUCAAAGCAUAUUAUGAGUCUGAGAUCCAAGUCCUGAGAGACAAACUCAAACUCAGAGAUCUGCCCCAGGAUUUAGAGAAGAGCAACCAGGCGCUCACAGAGAGGUGCAAGCAUCUAGAAAAAGCUCUGGCUGAGGCCAUCAGUCGUAUUAAAGAACUAGAGGCAACAAACAGCUCGCUGGAGAAAAAACUGGCAGAUUGGCCAGAGCGGUAUGCAGUCGCGGUUGCUACUGUGAAAUCUCUGCAGCAGCGACUAGAAGAAAGUAAACGCUCAGUCAAAGAGAAGGACUCCCUGGCAGCACAUUUGAAGUCUCGCGUACAGCAGCUGGAGGAGGCAGCACAGAAAUCCCGCAGAGAGGCAGAUGAGAAGGAGGCCAGGAGGGCGAGAGAGUACAACAUGCUGCAGGAUCUGCUCAGAGAAUAUGACUCUCUGAUGAAGGACCACGAGGGAGCCAAGAUCAAGAUGGUGUCAGCAGAGAACAAGCUUGUUGACGCCAAUGAUCAGAUAUCUGAACUGAAGAGAUUAAUCUCCAAACUGGAGUCUCAGGUGAAGCAGCUGGAGCAUGAGAACCAGUCCAGGGCCCGUUAUGCAUCUCACACAAAUGCACAACCUUCCGGGGCUGGCCUUUUCCACCAUCCUGACCUGCUGCUUUCACCCAGUAAAAGCAACAAAGAACCAGACAUCACCAGUAGAAAGUCACCUUGUCGUCUAUCCGACCAGCUGAACAGCGGCAGAAAAUCCCAGAUCUCUCAAACAAACCAAUCAACUAUCCGCAAGAAGUCGGCAUACACAUUACAUGAUCAAUCAUCUGGACCUGAUAGCUCUGUGGACACCCCCUCAGUUGAUGGCAGCUGGAGGUGUGGAUCUCCUCCAGAGUGUGAACAGUCUCUGCCUCAGACCAAACACCAGGAGCAGAGCCAGCGGGAGACCAGUUGGAUACAGACAUCCUGUGCCCUGACGCCCAUGAUGAGGGCCCUGAUAGAGCUGGAGGAGACCAGAGCCACAGAGAGCCGAGCCCCCUGGGUUGGUAGUCAGAAGACCAGUGUGGGUUUUGUCGAGCGGCGACACAAAGAGCACAUUCAGGAGCGAGUUGGGCUUCAGGCAGACAGAGAAGUGGUUAAACCUGGAGGAGCUGUGGUUGAAGCUGAGGGAGGAGGAGGAGCAGCAAGAAGCCACAGUGGAGCAGAAAGAGCAGCAGCUCUGCUGAGGGCUCAGAGGAGUCUGUCUCCAGAGGGCCACAGAUCCUCCUCACUGCCUCCUCCAGCACAGAGAAAUAUACCCCCAACUACACCAACAAAGAGAGAAACUUUACUCCAGCCCCUGUCUGCCAAGUCCAGCCCUAAACGCUGCCCCUCUGAGAACUACUCCACAGCUUUUGGUCACAUGAUGCCAAGAGAGCAACACCUGCACAACAGGUUAAAUGGCCAAGUUGAGCAGAGACGUCAUUCAUUCCACAGCAGCAGUCCCAGAAAGAGACUCCAGUUUACCUCCACGGACAGAAAAGAUGACCUUCGCCAGCCAGAUUCCUCUGGCAGCAUGAACCCACCGAAUGGAAACUCCCAGCUGGGCUGGGAGGAGCAGGGGGCCUGCGGUGGGUCUGACCUGCGCGACUCCUGCGAGGACUCAGCCCCACUCCUGGACAAACUCAGCUCGCUGGUUGAGGCCGAGAAACUGUUUGACGAGCUGACGCAGGAGAAGCUACAGGUGAACGUCUUAUCUGUGGGGGGCACACGAUCGCCUUCCACUUCCAAUUCAUUUUUGCUUUACUGUCGUCCUCAGGUGGCCUUAGAGAAUCGCCUGGAGAGAGUGAAUCGUGAGCUGGGAUCCCUCCGCAUGACUCUGAAGAGAUUCAACAUCCUCCGCUCCUCUGCCAACAUAUAGCAAUGUCUGUCUUUUUACAUCGAGAUGCUACUAAGUAUCUUGGUUUUAUACACAGCACCGAUUGUCCUUCAGUCUCUUUCUGUGCCAUAACCCCCCAACUGUACAGUAACUCCACAGCACCAUUUUUAUAUGUAUGAAUUAUUACUCUGGGAUAUUUUUUAAUAUGUUGGAAAGAUAUUUCAAAGUCUAUUUUUAGUAAUACACAGAUUUGUAAAGUCAUUUACUUUUUUUAGUCACAGAAAUAAUAAUAUGAUACAUUUUAAUUGCCUAUAUAGGUGUAGAUUUUUAAAUCAGCUGAGCUUCAGAAUUCGUGUAUCCUUCGUUCAAGGUCUAAGUUAACGAGUCAGUAACUUCCGGGUCACACAAAUCAUACAAAUAAAAUAUCAAAAUCAAGUCCGGCCUGUGACCCGUUUUUUCAUUUCCUGUUUUUGAUCUGAGCAAAAAAUCCAAACUCCGAAAAAGAAACCGCUAUUUAGUUUUUUGGUAUCAAAUACGUAAAAUAAUGACUUGGUCUUUAAAUUUUUGCGAUUUUGGUUUUCUAAUUGAAUAUGAAAAGAAUGAAUGAAACACGGAUUCUUAAGUGUAAAUGUGAGCAAUUAUAAACUUCCCUGCACAGACAUCCUUCCACUCGGGAAAUAUCGCUGCCAUUUUUAUUCUUGUGUUCAUCAACAUUUUGAAUGUUAAUCCAUGGCACAAAAUGUAUUUAUUUCAUGUUUUUAUACUUAAUAGAUUUUAUGUAUUUCAUUAUUUUGCUUUUUUAAAUUUGUUUUGGACCAAAUGAUCAAACUUGAAGGAAAUAUUUGUUUACUUGAAUCUAAUUGCCUUUUUUUUCCUUUGUUUCAUUUCCAUGACUGCUUUUGCUUCAUAUAUAAAAUUAGCUACAGGACUGGAGAACAGUCACAUUUUCAGUACACACACACACACACACACACACACACACACACA